UCCUUGGUGUCUCUCCUCUCGUGUGAGCGCCGCCCGCCCGCCUCGGGCCCGCGGUCUUGAGACUGAGCACCAUGCCUUCGAUAAAGUUACAGAGUUCUGAUGGAGAGAUAUUUGAAGUUGGCGUAGAAAUUGCCAAACAAUCUGUUACCAUCCAGACCAUGCUAGAAUAUUUGGGAACAGAUGAUGAGGGAGAAGAUGAUCCUGGUCCUUUACCAGGUGUUAAUGCAGCACUUCUAAAAAAAGUCCUCCAGUGGUGCACCCACCACAAGGAUGUCCCUCCUCCUCCUGAGGAUGAUCCGAACAAAGAAAAGAGGACCGAUGAUAUUCCUGUUUGGGACCAAGUAUUCCUGAAAGUUGACCAAGGAACACUUUUUGAACUUAUUCUGGCUGCAAACUACUUAGACAUCAAAGGUUUGCUUGACGUUACAUGCAAGACUGUGGCCAAUAUGAUUAAGGGGGAAACUCCUGAGGAGACUCGUAAAACCUUCAAUAUCAAAAAUGACUUUACUGAAGAGGGGGAGGCCCAGGUUCGCAAAGAGAACCAGUGGUGUGAAGAGAAGUGAAGUGCUGGGCCUGACACUGUAACACU